AUGGCAGAAACAACCCCCGUCCCCAACACAUGCAAAGCCGGCGUCGUCGUCAACGAAGGCCCCAACUUCCACCUCGAAGUCCAAGACGUCCCCGUCCCAGAACCAGGCCCCGGCGAACUCCUCAUCCAACUCGCACACACGGGCCUCUGCGGCUCCGACAUCCACUUCAUGCUCAGCGACCUCGGGAUCUCCAUGUCGACCUUCGCCGUGCGGUCCCCCGGCCACGAAGGCGCCGGGCGCGUCGCGAAACUCGGCCCUGGCGUCACCGGGUGGGCGGUGGGCGACCGCGCGGGCAUCAAGCCGAUUUGGGACGUUUGUCAUAAUUGCGAGCAGUGCUGGAGUGGCGAGGAGCAGUAUUGUGUCAAGGCGGUGCAUACGGGGCUGAUGACGACGGGGAGUUAUCAGGAGUUUUGUUUGAGUGCGGCGAUAUACACAUCCCGCAUCCCAGACGGGGUAUCCGACGAACAAGCCGGCCCGAUCAUGUGCUCCGCCUCAACAAUGCACCGCGCCCUCAAAGACUCCAACCUCAAACCCGGGAACUGGAUCGUAUUCCCCGGCGGCGGAGGCGGCGUAGGAAUCCAAGGCGUGCAGCUCGCCAAAGCGAUGGGGAUGCGACCAAUCGUCGUCGACGGCGGUGAGGAGAAGAAGGCGUUGGCCUUGAGCGUAGGCGCGGAGGAGUUUGUGGAUUUUAGAACAGAGGGAGAUGUCGCGGCGAGCGUGAAGAAGAUCGCGGAUGGAAUUGGCGCGCAUGGAGUCCUGGUUACGGCGUGGCAGAGUUAUAAGAACGCCAUCUCCUUCAUCGGCGACCGGGUCGGCGGCAAAGUCAUGUGCAUCGGCCUGCCUCCCAAUGACCAGAACGUCAUCACGGGCGACUCGCCCACGCACAUGGCCAUGAAGAAGCUUUCGAUCACGGGCACCAUCGUGGGGACCAUGCAGGACACGGCGGCGGCGUUGGAUUAUGCCCGGAGAGGGUUGUUGAAGCCGAUCCACGAGGUUAGGGGCUUGGGGGCUUGGCCGGAGAGUGUGCAGCAGUUGAAGCGUGGGGAGGUUGUGGGGAGGGUUGUGAUUGCUUUUGGGAAGGAGUAG